AUGGCAGUCCCCGUCCCUGCUGAUGCCUCCUCGCAUAUCGCUGAAAAGCACUCACUGAAUUCUCAACCUACAUCCGAUGACGGUGUUCCUGAAAAUUCAAUCUCUUCCACUGACGGGAGGAAGGAAAAGUCGGAGGAGGGUUCUUCUCCUCCAGAAGAUCCUGGACAUGAGUAUUUGACCAGUCUUAAGCUCUUCUUCGUCCUUUGUGGAGUCACCCUGGUCUGCUUUUUGGUUAUGCUGGAUACCUCCAUCAUUUCAACCGCAAUCCCCAAGAUGACCACCGAGUUUCACUCUCUUGGCGAUAUUGGAUGGUAUGGUAGCUCGUAUCAAAUAGCUAGUGCUUGCUUGCAGCCUCUCGCAGGUCGGAUCUUCGUCAAUUUCAGCUCCAAGUGGACCUUUAUGGUAUUCUUCUUCAUUUUCGAGCUCGGAUCACUACUAUGCGGUAUCGCAAGUUCUUCUAAAAUGUUUAUCAUCGCUCGCGCAGUGGCUGGAAUGGGGUCUUCCGGAUUGCUGAACGGUGCUCUAACCAUCGUAUCGUCCGUUGUUCCACUACACAAAUCUCCACCUCUCAUGGGAUUAAUGAUGGGCGUGUCCCAGCUUGGUACUGUCGGUGGCCCUUUACUCGGUGGUGCGUUCACAGAGUACCUUACUUGGAGAUGGUGCUUUUACAUCAAUCUCCCGGUAGGUGCCCUAGUCGCGAUAUUUCUUGCCUUUAUCAGAAUCCCCGACCAAGUUGCCAAGCCUUCAAUUCGAUUAGCGCUCAGCACAAUCCAUCAUAGGCUCGAUUUGAUUGGAUUCGCUCUUUUCGCGCCUGCAGCUAUACAGCUCCUCCUUGCAAUGGAAUACGGACAGCAAUCUUCCUGGGGAGAUGCGACUGUGAUCGGACUUUUCUGCGGCGCUGCUGCCACGUUCGCCGUUUUUCUGCUCUGGGAGCAUCGCCAGGGAGAAAAAGCGAUGAUACCACUUGAGAUGGUUGCGAAAAGACAGGUUUGGUCUAGUUGCUUUGUCAUUCUAGCUGUUUUUGCCAUCACGCUUUGCACCGCCUACUAUCUACCCAUCUAUUUCCAGGCUACAAAGAACGACUCUCCAACGAUGAGCGGUGUCUCAAUGCUCCCUGGCAUCUUAUCCCAAGUACUUGCCUCAGUAGCGUCGGGCUUCUUGAUUGCCAAACUAGGAUACUAUUAUCCCUGGACCAUUUUCGGUGGAACUGCCACUGCUAUCGGUAGUGGACUGUUAUCGACAUUGAGACCAGGUACUCCCAUUGGCAAAUGGGUUGGGUAUCAAAUAAUCUCUGGUGUAGGCCGAGGGUCCGCGUUUCAAACUCCCCUCAUCGCCAUUCAGAAUAAUCUCCCUCGAGCUCAAAUAUCAAUCGCCAUGUCGAUUCUUAUGUUCAUCCAGACUCUCUCUGGGGCGAUUUUCCUCACCGUUGCAAAUGUGGCUUUUGACUCAGGGCUGAAAUCAUUUGUCCCGGAGUAUGCACCGAAUGUCGACCCCCAGACUUUAAUUUCAGCCGGCGCCACUGGAAUUCAAAAUGUAGUAUCGAGCGAUGACCUUUCUGGCGUCUUGAUGGCUUAUUCGAAAAGUAUUGGUAACGUUUUUAUCAUGUCAGCUGCAUUUGGUGUGCUCGUCGUGGUCUUCUCGUUUGGAAUGGGGAUGAAAGAUAUUCGACCAGGAAAGUCUGACCCUGGAAACGCUAAGUGA